AUGAACCAAUUCCAGCCCAGUCCGUCUUCGAGGACGACCUCGACCAUGCAAGCAAUGCCCGAUUCGAGAUCACAGAGCUUCGAGGAGAUCUAUGGCCCACCCGAGAACUUUCUUGAGAUUGAGGUCUGCAAUCCGCAAACCCAUGGUCUGACUCCCUCAUCGCGCUACACGACCUACGAGAUCCGCCUGAGCACAAACAUCCCCUCGUUCAAGCUGCGCAACAGUAGUGUGCGCCGCCGUUAUUCAGACUUUGAGUACUUCCGCGAUAUUCUUGAACGUGAGAGCGCUAGAGUCACUAUUCCCCCAUUGCCCGGCAAGGUCUACUUCAACAAAUUCGACGACGCCGUUAUUGAAGAGCGCAGGAAAGGUCUGGAGAGGUUCCUCAAGAUUGUCGUUGGCCAUCCUCUUCUGCAGACAGGAAGUCGCGUGCUCGGAAGCUUUGUCCAAGGUACGUUUUAUUCUGGAUCUAAUCUGCCUGCAUCGAACACAUCCGCUGACGCAUAA